AUGAGUUCAGACACUGAAUCUCCAAUAUUCAAAAGAAGAGAAUCUAGAAGAGAUUCUACUCUUUCUUAAAUAACUGGAGCAAGUGGGGCUAACCACAAUCUAUAGGUUCUAAAUGAUCGUAAAGUCCUCUUACUCUAUGCUUCAGGAGCAGCUGCAGCAGAAGGAGAACUUAAUGAAUCUCAUAUGACUGUUGUUAAAGGAAGAUUAGAAUAAAGAAUGAAACAUAUAUCCUUUCUUUGUGAUCUUGAAUACACAUAAGUACUUGUUUAAAACAUAAAAUAGUAUCAUAAUCAAGAUGGUUGUCUAACGACACCCGUUUCUGAAUAUGGCAGAAGAACAGUUUAUAAAGUGAUGGAGCUUGAUUAAAUUAACAACUCAAGAUAAACUGUAAGUUUAUGUUAUCUAUCUUUAGUCUUAUGCAGAUAUUAGACAUAUUGCUGAAAUAAUAAAGGAAAAUUAUGACAAAUAUGGUGCAUUUGUAAUUCUUAGUGGAAUUGCAACAAUAACUUAUCUUGGUACCAAUUUGUCUUUUAUGCUUGAAAAUCUAUAAAAAACAGUAGUAAUCACAGGUUCUUUGAUUCCUUUGUCCUUUAUGCGUAAUGAUGCUUUUCAAAAUAUUCUUGAUUCAUUGAUCUUAGCUGGACACUUUCUGAUCCCAGAAGUGCUUAUAGUUAUGGAUCAUAAAGCUUAUAGAGCCAAUAGAUGUAGAUAAUUGAAAUGUGAUUCACUUGAUUGUGUAGAAAGUCCAAAUUUUCCUAAUCUAGUUGAAUUUGGUAUCAAUAUUGACAUCAAAUGGCAUCUUGUCUUACGUAGAGGAGAAUAAAUGUUUAGUAAUGAUGAUAACACUCUUGAGUUAUCACCUCAAUUUAUAACUGAUGUUAUUAUAGUAAAGAUAACUCCAUUUACUAGUGUUGAACAUAUCAAACAUAUAUUCAGUACACCAAAUUUAAGAUGUUGCAUUUUAGAAUGCUAUCAUUUUGGUGAAAUGCCUCAUAGUUAAGAAUUCUACAAUGCCUUAUUGCAUGCUCAAUCUUAAAAGGGAAUAAUCUUAAUUUAAAUAUCUUAAUGUAUCAAAGGAUAGCCAAUCAAGAAUUUUAAAAAGAUUAUGAAUGGUAUCAUAGUUUAAUAUGAUAUCACUCCUGAGAGUGCCUUAGCAAAGAUUGGAUAUCUUCUUGGAAAAGGAUAUACAAAUUAAGAAAUCAUUGAGAAAUUUCCUUAAAAUUUAUAGGGUGAAACUGAAUCAGUGAGACAAUUUGAGAAGUUUGAAGGUUAAAAAUAACAUUUCAUUUAAACCAUACUAGAAACUCUAUAAAAGACUUCAGGAGAUGAAUAGAUUAGUCAAAAUAUGGAUAUUAUGAAUAAAUAUAUAAUACCAAAUUUAGGUUGUUUUUUAGCUACAACUGGAUAAUUAGAUUUAAUUAAAGAUCUAAGAAAAAAUGAAGGAAAUCUUAACAUUCCAGAUUUUGAUGGUAGAACUAUUUUACAUUUAGCUGCUGCUUCAAAAUAAAUAGAAAUCAUUAAAUACUUAAUUGAGGAAGUUCAUGUUAAUAUCAAUCCUAUAGAUUACCUAGGGUAUUCCCCUAUGUAUGAUAUCCUAAUAUCAAGGGAUAAAGAAUUGAUUCUCUUCUUUUAACAAAAUGGAGGAGUCAUUGAAGCACCUCAUCAGGUAAUGGUUGAUCUUAUACUUACUGCUGGACUAAAAGGAGAUUUAGAAAUGUUAGAACUUAUAUUUCAUGGAGGAAUUAAGAAUCUUAAUGACUUUGUGAAUGUUGAUAACAGAAAUAUAGGCCAUAUGGCUGUUAUGGUAAUGAAUUCAAAAAUUAUCCGAUUUUUGAGAUUUACUGCCAAAUUUAAUUUUAGUGAAAGAGAUCGAUGGGGUAACACACCCUACGAAAACGCAAUUGAAAUUAAAAGUAAAAAAAUAAAAGUUCAAAAACUCAAUGAUGUAGCAAUUGAAGAAAUCAUCGAAAUGUUACAAUCUAUUGGGAAUGAUUGA